AAGUUAUUUUCUCAAGCAAUUAACAAAACAAAAGGGUUUCUCAAAACUUCAAUGUAUCUGAAUUUACUAAUUCAUCUAAAAUUAUGUCGAUAUUUUUUUACUUAAAAGGGUGAAACACCGCAAGUAAAGGCGUUCCAAGUUGAUGAUGAAAUUAAGGUGAAAGGCAACAGUUUAUAAGUCUUUUUCGAAAACUUCUUUCAAAGUUCUGAUUUGUUUAGUGCUCAACUUUUCAUUUAUAACUGAAUGACCUGAAAUAGUUUGAAUUGUGGCCAUUAACACGGGAUAAAUCAAUAUCUAUAUCUAUAUAAUGGGUAUCGAAUUUAGGAUAAUAAUUAGCAGAUUUUUAUUUAGUUUCAAAUUUCAACUCAUUUUAUGAAAUAUUUAAAGUGGUUUUUUUUUAAAAAAAGUUUAAAUGAUAUAGAAAGUUUAAAUUAUAAGCAAGGGCAAUUCUUUUAAAUAACCCUUUUAAGUGUUGUCACUAAAAUAGCUUAAAAAUGAUCAAAAUAAUUUUUUAUUUUAAUAUUUUUUUAUUUUUUAAAAAAAUUUGAAACUUCACCCUCAAAACCCUAAUCUUUAAUUUAAACCCUAAUCCUCGAUUAAUUAACUCUAUGGUAUAAAUGUAUAUUUACUUUUUAAUGUAAUCUUUUUGAUCAUUUUCCUCUUUAAAUAUUAUUUUUGUAAAAAUAAACUAAAAAUGAUUAUCCAAUGAAAGUUCUCUAUAAGUAACACAUACAUUUGUUAUAAAUUAUAGAUAGCUUACUAUAUAUAUUUAAUAAAUAAAAAUAUGUAUGUCAUAUUCCUCAAUCAUAUUUUAUACGGAUAUGUAUUAUAUUAUUUAAGUGUUAAACCCAAAAAUGAUAUGAUGCAUGUUGUUGAAAAUUAAACAAGAGAAAAAAAAUACGAGUUGUCAAGUAUCUCAAUUUCACAAUGUUUUAUAAAUAAUAAAAAUACGAAUUGUCAUAUCUCUUAGCCAUUUUUAUAUUGUUUUGUGAAUUUUAUCUAAGUGGCAAACCUAAACUCUUAUAAUACAUAUUAUUGACAAAAAAUACAUCAAUCAUCACGUAUUAAUUUUUUAAUACUUCAUUUAAAAAUAUAACUUGCCAUAUCUCUCAAUUUGUUCAAGUGUAAAUUAACCCCAAAAUUAUCGUAAUGCAUGUAACUCCAGCAAUAAUGGAUCACAAGUCACAAUAAGAAGAAAAAAAUUGUUCAAACUUUGCGUAGCAUUCACAUUUAAAUAUUUGUGCAAAAAAAAAACCUUGCAAAGAUUCAUUUUCUCUUUUAUAUACUAGAAACAUAAUUAAAUAUGGAGUGUGUACAAAAGAGUCUUUUAAAGUGUUUGUAGAAAUAUACGUUAUAAAACGUGUAUAGAAGUGUACAUAACUACGUGUAUGUAUGUAUAUACACACAUAGAGAGAAGAAGAAGAAGAAGGAACAGAGAGCCAAUAAAUAAAAGGAAAGAAAAAAGGGACAGAAACGUACCCAAAAGAAGUAAGAGAGAGACUUAUGAGUUGUGACCCAAAAGACCUUUCCAUUUUCAUGCAUCUUUACUUCCUUCUUCUCAUCUUCCCUCCCUAUUUUCUUCUCAUUUAAUUCAAUUUAAUUUAAUUUAAUUUGUACCCACUUACCUUAAAUACCCACUUCUCCAUAUAUAUUCAGCUAAUUAACUCUUAACUUAAUUCACCUCAACAAUAAAAUUCAGUUCUCCUAUUUUUAUAUAAGUAAAUAAAUUAAAAGACCACUAUUUCUUUCAUCGUCUAAUUUUGUUUUUAUAACAUAAAAAUGUUUCAAUCUUUUUUUUUUAACUUAAAUUCUUAAUAUUUGUCCUUCUUCUUCUUCACGCCGCCUACCUAUAUAUAUAUAAAGAAACACUCUCUCUGUCUGUCUCUAGUAAUUCUCUCUCCCUGGCACUCUCUUUACAUUUUCCUCUCAAUUUUCCUAGAAACCUUUUCUUUCUUUUUUUUUCAUUUUCAUCCGAUUUCAUAUCUCAGUAUUGUUCUCUCUUCUUCUUCUUCAUUAUUUUUUUCCUGUUUCUGAAAAAUGGUUUCUUUUUCUCUUUAUGGUUUUUAAUUUAUCUUUUGUUUCCUUUAUUUCUCUCUUUGCGUGUGUGAGAUUGUUCUCCUCCCUCAUUACCUUUUGCCGAUUGGUGAUUUUUCUUAUAUGUGAAUCUUUGCUUCUUCAACCUCACUGCACUUUAAGUUCUUACAUCAUCAGAGGAGUUGAAAGGUUCGGGUUUGUCCAUCAGUUGAGUGGUGUAUAAACUAUAUAUCGACCUUGAGGAUGGAUCAGAGAAGAUAUGAGGCAGAGUUUGAUGAAUUUGAGAAGCUUCUUCUAGAGAUUCCCAAAGUUACUUCAGGAAACGACUACAGCCCUUUCCCUCCUCUAUGUUAUAGCUCAAGCAGAUCAUCCUUCCAAGAACGAAACCUUCAUCUUCCCGGUGACUACGCAUUCACAUCUUCCCUUGCUGAAUCAAACUUCAACUUUGGAAUCUCAAAUCAAACUCCGGAGAACCCCAACCUUAUAUCCAUUCCUUCUUACCACUCUCCACCUUGUGUAUAUGCAGACAAGUUUGAUUCAAGAAAACAACUCGAUUCUCAAAUGCGUAGGAACCUUCAACACCUUGGUUGCUUUUCAAAUAUCUCACCUCCUCAGCCGCAGCAUUACAACAUGCCAUCCUCUCUGUCUCAUCAUCCAUCUUUGGAUCAGUCGCAUCAUCAGCUGGAAGAACAGUACCUCUAUCGCCGACCUCAACAGUCUAACAGAAACUUGUUCUGUAAUGGAGAAGAUGGUGAUGAAUUUGUGAGGAGUUUAAGGAAGAAGAUGUACUAUCCGGAGAAGCUUCUAGUGAGAUCACCUCUCGGUGUAAACACAGCUAAAGUCAUCAAGUACGGUCUCGGAGAAGAAGACUCACAAAACAGAAGAGUUCGGUUACAGAACCAUCACCAACUCGAUGAAGAAGCAGAUCUCUCAACCAGCCUCAACAGUCUAACGUUGCAUCCUCCAAAGUACUACUCUCUAGCAGAGGCAAGAGGGAAGUUCUAUUACAUGGCGAAAGACCAGCACGGUUGCCGCUUCCUGCAGAGGAAGUUUGCUGAGGGAGAUGGGAACGAUAUCGAAACGAUCUUUAACGAGAUCAUUGACUAUAUCAGCGAGCUUAUGGUUGAUCCUUUUGCUAACUAUCUAGUUCAGAAGCUGCUUGAAGUAUGCAACGAUGAUCAGAGGAUGGUGAUUGUUUGUUCCAUUGCUAGAAAGCCAGGAUUGAUUAUCAAAAUCUCUUGUGAUAUGCACGGGACUAGAGUUGUUCAAAAGAUCGUUGAAACGGUUAAGAGACAAGAGGAGAUCUCGAUCAUCAUAUCUGCUUUGAGGCAUGGUGGCAUUGUGACUCUGAUGAAGAAUGUAAACGGUAACCACGUUGUUCAACGGUGCUUGCAGUAUUUGUUACCUCACUGUAAGAAGUUUCUUUUUGGAGCUGCGAUGACUCAUUGUGUUGAGCUUGCAACUGAUAGACAUGGAUGUUGUGUGCUUCAAAAAUGUAUUGGCUAUUUCGAAGGAGAACAAAAAGAUCGCUUAGUCUCUAAAAUUGCCUCCAAUGCUCUACUCCUCUCUCAAGACCCUUUUGGGAACUACGCUCUUCAAUAUGUAUUUGAGCUACAACUUGAAUGGGCUGUCAACGAAAUCCUCAAGCAACUAGAAGGGAACUACACCGAGUUGUCUAUGCAGAAAUGUAGCAGCAAUGUGGUUGAGAAGUGUCUGACACUAGCUGAUGACAAACAUCAAGCUCGCAUCAUCAGAGAACUCGUAACCGAUGGUCGUCUUGAUCAAGUUAUGUUGGAUCCUUACGGAAACUAUGUCAUUCAAGCAGCUCUUAAGCAAUCCAAGGGGACUCUACAUGGUAUUUUGGUCGAGGCUAUUAAGGUUUAUGUCUCAUCUCUUCGUACCAAUCCUUACGGUAAAAAGGUCCUCUCUGCACUUAACAACUCGAAGAAGUAAAUCAGCCAGGUAAGAAUAUCCUAGAAACUGAAACUGUUUUUGUGUCUUGGCUAUACAAUUAAUAUGUUGUUUCUUUUCUUGGAAAUAAUACAGAUUUGUACCAAAUGUGUUGGCCUGUGUUGUUGGUAAAGUUACCUUGUAAAUGUAAUGUGUAAUAAGAGUAGAAUUCGCAUGUUUGUGGUUUAAAAGAUCCAAAGAGACAGAAGAUUCAAAGAACGGUAUUAAUCUAAUUUACAUUCAUCUA